UUCUGGCUUCGGGGCCACCAACGCUGAGAUUUUCUCAAAUCUGAGAUUUCUCAGAAAAUUUGAGUUUUUCUCACCAAACUGUGCCACCAAAUAAAUUUUUUCUCAAACUCAGACUUGACUUUGAGUUUUGUCUCAAAUUUGAGAUUUUUCUUAAACGUGCGUGCCACCAAUGUUUUUUCUGACUCAAAUGAGAAAAAAAUUUGAGAUUUCUCAGAAAAUCUUGAGAUUGGUAUACAGUAACCUCAAAUAAAAUCUCACGUGAAUUCACUCAUCAAAAAUGGCCGUCAGACGACGUCUGCAACGUCAACGUCGCCGUCGCAAUAGAGUUCCGAGACGUUUCAAUGAUCGUUCCAAUCCCCUAGAGACCCUCAAUGAAGCUGAGGUAUUCGAAAGGUAUCGAUUUGUCCCAGAAACUAUUAUGUUCCUUGUGAGUUUAAUGCAAGACCGGUUAACAUACCACAGCCAUCGUAACAACCCUCUUACCCCUCUGUAUCAAGUUUUAGUAGCGCUACGCUAUUUCGCUACGGGGUCGUUUUAUAUUACCAUUGGGGACACGCUGUUAGUAUCCAAGAGUUCUGCAGGGAGAGCCGUACGUCAGGUGACCGACCUUCUCUGUCAUCAUGUCAAUGAAUUUAUUCGUCUGCCUGGCAGAGAUGAGAUUUCUGGCAUAAAAAACAACUUCCAUAAACUUGCAGGAUUCCCGGGUGUUAUUGGUUGUAUAGAUGGAACAAUGAUAAAAAUUGUAUCCCCGUCAGAAAAUGAAGCAGAUUAUUUAUGCCGUAAAGGCUUUUAUGCGCUCAAUGUACAGAUGACAUGUGAUCCUCAGUUUAGAGUGUUGGAUGUCGUUGCAAAGUGGCCAGGAAGUGUGCACGAUGCUCGGAUUUUCAGGGAAUCCAACUUAUGCACACUUAUGGAAGAAGGGCAUCUAUCGGGCUUUCUACUAGGAGAUUCUGGAUACGGCCUGAAACCUUAUCUCUUGACCCCGUAUAUAGCGGAAGAUGCUCCUGGAAACAGACGCUAUAAUGCAGCACAUUGUAGAACAAGAGUCACGAUUGAGCAAACAUUUGGAAUUUUGAAAAAGAGAUUUCAUGCCCUCCACUGUGGCCUUCGGACCAAGCCUGAAAGAGCGUGCAGAAUAGUGACAGCAUGUGCUAUUCUCCACAACAUAGGUAUUCAACGGAGGGACAUUCUGAGAGACUCAGACUUGACGAAUGCAGUUGAUGUGGCCGUGGACGUCCACGUUAGGGUUCCAGAAGACGCUGUAGGACGCACCGUGAGGGACCACGUGAGAGAUACAUACUUCUUAUGAGUACGUUU